CAAGGUGAUAAAGCUGGAACCGGGUGAUGACUUCGCCAUCAUCCAGCAGGAGAUCCUGAUGAUGAAGGACUGUCGUCACCCGAACAUCGUCGCUUAUUAUGGCUCGUAUUUGCGGAGGGAUAAGCUUUGGAUUAGCAUGGAAUAUUGUGGGGGAGGGAGUUUACAGGACAUCUACCACGUGACAGGGCCCCUGACCGAGCUCCAGAUCGCCUACAUGUGCCGUGAGACUCUUACUGGUUUAUCCUACUUGCACAGUAUGGGCAAGAUGCAUCGUGACAUAAAAGGCGCGAACAUCCUUCUAACGGAAUGCGGCGACGUGAAACUCGCGGACUUCGGCGUUUCGGCUCAAAUUACUGCUACAAUUAACAAACGAAAGUCCUUCAUCGGCACACCGUAUUGGAUGGCACCUGAGGUUGCAGCAGUCGAACGAAAAGGUGGCUACAAUCAACUAUGUGAUAUUUGGGCGUGCGGGAUCACGGCCAUAGAGCUAGCAGAACUUCAACCACCCAUGUUCGAGUUGCAUCCAAUGCGAGUUCUCUUCCUAAUGUCGAAGUCGGGGUUCAAGCCACCGCAACUAAAAGAAAGGGAGCGAUGGUCGGCGGUCUUUCACGCGUUUCUAAAGCUCGCGCUCACGAAGAACCCGAAGAAACGGCCCACAGCUGAUAAAUUAUUACAGCACGCGUUCUUCCAGCAGGAGAUGAACAAGCGAUUGGCCAUCGAGCUGUUGCACAAAUACUCCAACCCACCUAGUCACGCCAGCCAUGACGACGAUGACGGGGCAAUAUCCAACGUACCACAACGCAUAGCAUCGAAACAUACCGGACGCGGCGGGCGAAGAGUCCUCGCCGACCAAUCAGGGAACGCGGCUGGCGCGCGCUCAGGUCAGCCAGCCAAUCACGUGCGGCCUCGCAGUCUGCUCACAGACCACGUGGUCCCGUCGGCCAAUAGCGGACGACCGACGUCGCUAUUGGACGAGGAUAUGUCCGCUGCUGGCCGAGUACGAAUGAUGAUGGAAGAAGGUAGAGAGUGUAUGAAUCGACGCUCCGGCCCAUACGACGACUCGCCGAUCAUCGACCUGGACGCGGAUGACACGCCGGGAUCAGGCACAGCCGGCGCCGGCGCAGUCGACAAGGAUCUCAGUGCUAGUUGUCACGGGGACACUGUCAAACGAAAUAGUACGUUCUUACUUGUUCAUAUUAUUACGCAUACCGCUACAUCUGGACUGCGUCGGAGCCUCUUGCAAUACAUAGACGAAGAGUUAAUGCUCAGGGCAACACUACCGCUAACAGCCGACGUGGCAUCAAUGUCGUUAGCUGGCAACGCAGGCCUCUCCCACCACGACCAACAUUUAAAUCAAUGUAUUCAACUUAAACAAAAUUUCUUAAAUAAUUCAACGGCGAAUAUUUAUCAGAAUCUAGCAUCAAAUUUCCAAAACCCAAUAUCAACAUCUCGGGUGUCAAUAGACGAUCCGCUAUGUCGGAAAAUAGACGAUAUCAUGUACGUAGACCAUCAAGAAAGCGACGUCAUUGUCAAUACACCACAGACAAGGAAUAGUAAUUGCGAGUGUGGUCUCUGCCCAAAACCAGAAACAAGGGAAAACAAUACUUUAAGUGAUUUACAGAGGUCUGUCGCGUCAAGGUGUUCAUGUGACGCUUGUAAUUCAAACGGCGAUAUCUUAAGUUACUACAGGAAUUGUUCAAACCAAAACUCCGACUCAGGCAUCGUAUACUGUGAUAUAUGUAAAAAACAGAAAAUAUCAGUGUCUAACUUUAGGGCUUUGCAAAUCACGAACAGGUUAAGAAUAUCAGAAGAUAAGCUAGAAAAUGGACAGUCCGACGAUGAUCUAUGUAGAAAGAUAGACAUGAGCUUGAAGAUGGAUGAAAAGUACGAGCAUAGGAAAAAACAUAAUAGGCAUAAUUCUGACUCGGUUACAGCUGGAAUAGAUUUAAGUCAAUUCUGUCAGUGCGAGUUUGAGGGUAGUAAACGAAAGACGUCGUCUGUUGAUGAGAUUUUCAAAAUGGUGGAUGAAAAUGGUAGGGAAGGCAAAGAGAAGGUUGAGGAGGAAGAAAAAGUCAGUCAGAGACAACGAAGCUUGUCGGAUAGUCAGAGGGAUAAAGCCAAAGUUGAAAGUAAAGCAAACGACACGCCUCCGGUGCCGCCACGUCGAGGUCGCGGACGCAGAACGCACACGCCGCCACGGCCGGCGCCCAAUGGGUUGCCACCCACGCCCAAGGUGCAUAUGGGCGCUUGUUUCUCCAAGGUGUUCAAUGGAUGUCCGCUACGGAUAAAUUGCACUGCUUCAUGGAUACAUCCGGAUACUAGAGAUCAACAUAUACUUAUUGGUGCUGAAGAAGGAAUAUACACGUUAAAUCUGAACGAGCUACAUGAAACGGCGAUGGACCAGCUGUGUCCGAGGCGGACGAUAUGGUUGCACGUUAUCAAAGACGUGCUCAUGUCACUCUCAGGUAAAACUCCGUCGUUAUAUCGGCACGAACUACUCGCUCUACUAGGCGGAGCUCGCGGUGGCCGAUCGCUACGUGUCCUACCGCCACGGCUGCUGCCUAGAAGAUUUGCCCUCACCACGCGUGUACCGGAUACAAGAGGUUGCAUCCGCUGCGCCGUGGCCCGUAACCCGUACAACGGGUAUAAGUACCUGUGCGGCGCUACCCCAGCGGGGCUGUUUCUCAUGCAGUGGUAUGACCCGUUACACAAGUUCAUGCUGUUGAAGAACAUCGAGUGCACCCUUCCGUCGCCCCUGCUGGCGUUUGAGCUGAUCAUCACCCCAGAGCUGGAGUACCCGCUGUUGUGCGUCGGUGCCACGAGGAAGCCGCUAAGGCUCAACCUUAUUAAUAUGAACUCAGGCGCCACGUGGUUCACGAGCGACGAGCUGGAGGCGCGCGCGCUGGUGGGCGCGGGCAGCUCCAACACCGUGCUGCCGCAGCGCGAGCGCCUGCACACGCUGCGCGCCGUGCACCAGCUCAACAAGGACGCGGUCCUCGUCUGCCACGAGAACAUAAUCGACAUAAUCCCAGUGCUGCCUCCUUCCCUCGACGGCACUCGUUGGCGCGGGGAAGGAGAGGAGAAACGGAGAGGGAAGCUGCUCACUAGAAUACAAUUCGACUUCAAUAUCGAUAGUAUAUUGUGCCUGGCAGACUCAGUGUUGGCGUUCCACCGCCACGGAGUGCAGGGCAGGUCGCUACGCAGCAAUGACGUCACGCAGGAGAUCAGCGACCCAACGCGCACGUAUCGACUGCUAGGACACGACAAAGUGGUGGUUCUAGAAUCGCAUAUACUCCAGAGCAACACCCUCUCCGGUGAAGACGGCAACGACCUUUACAUCUUAGCUGGACACGAGGCUUCAUACUAAGGAACCCAGCCAAUAACUCUCUGGUAAACAUAGGGUACCAAAAACGAGCAUUUGCCACGCUUGGUAUGCAGGUAUAAUGUUGCAAAGUACUAGAGGUAUAGGCCCUGUCUCCUGAAUUUACAUCUUAGCCGCCUUCUAUGACAGGGAGGAUAUAGUGUGGUUUCUUUUCAUAACUGCGAACCAGUGUAACUAGAAUGUAAACUGAGAGAUAGUUUUGAAAAUGGUCACACUGUCUAGGCACUGAAUACUAUCACGUUCGGUGGACUUAGCGAAGCUCACAAUGUUUUUAAUGGUAUGUCAACCGUACAACGGAUGUUUUAAAGAGGUACAUAGAAAGUGUAUGGUCGGCAAAAAUGUGAAGUAAGAAUUGAUUCUACAAACUCUGCGAAAUAUACACCAAUAAUUAAUUGAAUGUAAGAGAUUCUUAUAAGAAAUUACUAUUUUAAAACAAGUUACGGUCAAUAAUUCGAAUAAUAAUAAUUAUAACGUAGAUGUUUAUUCCAUUAUUAUAAAGUAUUUUCGAAAACGGUGGUAGCCGAGUAGGAGAUUGGUUGGUUCGAAACUUGUGAC